UCAAACCAAAAAUGUGGAAGAAAGAAAACAGUGUCCUUCAGCAGCAUGCCAUCAGAGAAGAAAAUAAGCAGCGCCAGUGACUGUAUCAGCUUCAUGCAGGCUGGGUGUGAAUUGAAGAAAGUUCGUCCAAAUUCCCGGAUUUAUAACCGUUUUUUUACACUGGAUCCUGACCUGCAGGCUCUUCGUUGGGAGCCUUCCAAGAAGGACCUUGACAAAGCCAAGCUUGAUAUUUCUGCUAUAAAAGAAAUCAGACUAGGGAAGAACACAGAAACAUUCAGGAAUAAUGGUCUUGCAGACCAGAUUUCUGAGGACUGUGCGCUGUCGAUAAUUCAUGGUGAGAACUAUGAGUCUCUUGACUUAGUUGCCAAUUCAGCUGAUGUGGCCAAUAUUUGGGUAUCGGGGUUAAGGUACUUGGUUUCUCGUAGCAAACAACCCCUGGAUUUGAUGGAAAGCAGCCAUAAUACCCCCCGGUUUGCCUGGCUAAAAGCUGUGUUUGAAGCAGCAGAUGUUGAUGGUAAUGGCAUCAUGUUAGAAGAUACAUCUGUGGAGCUAAUAAAGAAGCUUAACCCCACCUUAAAGGAAUCAAAGAUUAGAUUAAAAUUUAAGGAAAUCCAGAAGAGCAAAGAGAAACUGACAACACGAGUAACGAAAGAGGAGUUUUGUGAAGCGUUCUGUGAACUUUGCACAAGACCUGAAGUUUAUUUCUUACUCGUGCAGAUCUCUAAAAACAAAGAGUAUCUAGAUGCCAAUGACCUCAUGCUGUUUUUAGAGGCUGAGCAAGGAGUGACCCACAUCACAGAAGAAAUGUGUCUAGAUAUUAUACGCAGGUAUGAGCUCUCCCAAGAAGGGCGGUUGAAAGGUUUCCUUGCGAUUGAUGGAUUUACUCAAUACUUACUGUCCCCAGAGUGUGAUAUUUUUGACCCAGAGCACAAAAAAAUUGUCCAAGACAUGACACAGCCUUUGUCACAUUACUACAUCAAUGCGUCCCACAAUACGUAUCUAAUAGAAGACCAGCUCAGAGGGCCAGCUGAUAUCAAUGGCUAUGUCAGAGCUUUAAAGAUGAGCUGUCGGAGCAUUGAACUAGACGUCUGUGAUGGCCCAGAUAAUGAGCCCAUUAUCUGUAACCGCAACAACAUGACUGCUCCACUUGCCUUCCGAAACGUUAUUGAGGUAAUAAACAAGUUGGCCUUCUUUGCUUCAGAAUACCCCCUUAUUCUCUGCUUGGGCAACCACUGCUCAGUACAACAGCAGAAGGUAGUGGUACAGCACAUGAAAAGGAUCUUUGGAAACAAGCUCUACACGGAGGCACCUCUAUCCUCGGAAGCCUACCUCCCGUCACCCGAGAAACUGAAGAUGAAGAUCAUUGUGAAGGGGAAGAAGCUGCCCUGUGACCAGGAUAUAUUAGAAGGAGAAGUCACGGAUGAAGAUGAGGAGGCUGAAAUAUCCCGGAGACUGUCAGAGGACUUCUCGAGGGAACCGAAGCUGAUCUGGCUCUGCAGGGAGUUGUCUGACGUGGUGUCCCUGUGCAAGUCUGUCCGAUACAAAGACUUUGAGACAUCUAUGAAAUCUCAAAACUAUUGGGAAAUGUGCUCCUUCAGUGAGGCGGAAGCCAGUCGGAUUGCAAACGAGUACCCUGAAGAUUUUGUCAACUACAACAAAAAGUUUCUGUCCAGGGUGUACCCCAGUGCUAUGAGGAUAGACUCCAGUAACUUAAAUCCUCAAGAUUUUUGGAACUGUGGUUGCCAGAUAGUGGCAAUGAACUAUCAGACCCCGGGGCCCAUGAUGGACCUACACACUGGCUGGUUCCUACAGAACGGGGGAUGCGGAUACGUUCUGAGGCCUUCGGUGAUGCGUGACGAGGUGUCUUACUUCAGCGCAAACACCAAGGGCAUUGUGCCGGGGGUCUCUCCCCAAGUCCUACAUGUCAAAAUAAUCAGUGGUCAGAACUUUCCGAAGCCCAAGGGCGCGUGUGCAAAAGGGGAUGUCAUAGACCCCUACGUCUGCAUAGAGAUACACGGCAUUCCCGCAGACUGCACCGAGCAAAGAACUAAAACCGUUCAGCAGAACAGCGACAACCCCAUUUUCGAUGAAAGCUUCGAGUUCCAGAUCAACCUGCCCGAGCUGGCCAUGAUCCGCUUCGUCGUGCUGGACGACGACUACAUCGGGGACGAGUUCAUCGGGCAGUACACCAUCCCCCUGGAGUGCCUGCAGCCCGGCUACAGGCACAUCCCCCUGCGCUCCUUCGUGGGCGACAUCAUGGAGCACGUCACGCUCUUCGUGCACAUCGCCCUCACCAACCGCAGCGGAGGCGGGAAGGCCCAGAAGCGCAGCCUCUCGGUGAGGAUCGGGAAGAAGGCCAGGGAGUACACCAUGCUGAGGAACACCGGCCUCAAGACCAUCGAUGACAUCUUUAAGCUGGCGGUGCACCCUCUACGAGAGGCGACGGACAUGAGAGAAAACAUGCAGAACGCCAUGGUGUCGGUGAAGGAGCUGUGCGGGCUGCCGCCCAUCGCCAGCCUGAAGCAGUGCAUCCUGACCCUGUCCUCGCGGCUCGUCGGCGCUGACAACGCCCCCUCCGUCACCCUCUGCAUGAGGGACGCCUUUCCUUACCUAGAGCCUCUGGGCACCAUGCCCGACGUGCAGAAAAAGGUCCUCGCCGCCUAUGACCUGAUGAUUCAAGAGAGCAGGGUUCUCAUUGAGACUGCAGACAUCACUCACGACAAGAUUGUUCAGUGCCAGAAAGCAGGAAUGGAAUUCCACGAAGAGCUUCAUAACCUCGGGACAAAGGAAGGUUUGAAAGGAAGAAAAUUAAGCAAAGCCAUCGAGAGUUUUGCAUGGAAUAUCACAGUGCUGAAGGGCCAGGGAGACCUCCUGAAGAACGCCAAGAACGAAGCCCUGGAGAACAUGAAGCAGAUCCAGCUGGCGUGCCUGUCGUGCGGCCUGAGCAAAGCGGGAAGCGGGCAGGCGGAUGCCAAGUCCAAGCGGUGCCUGGAGGCCAUACAGGAGAAGGACACAGGAGACGAGAACGGGAGGCUGUGA